AUGGAGCCAAAAACUAAAAAAAAACAACGGCGUUUUUCGAGCUUAUCAAGUGAUGAAAUUCAGCUCUUAAUAGAAAAAAAAGAUUCGGAAAACACUCAAAAGUUGACAAAAAAUGCUGUGGGAACCCUUAUAGCAUUUUGUAACGAAAUUUCUCUGGAGGAAUCUCCGCCGAAAGACGUUGAAUACCUCGAAAAGCUGUCGAAAGAAGAACUCAGCGAACUUUUAACUGCUUUUUACUCAAAUGCCAGGAAAAAGAAUGGCGAAAACUACAAAAAAUCUGCUCUUAUGGGUUUAAGGUUUGGUCUUCAGAGGCAUUUUCUACUUAAAAAGAACGUUGACAUCAUUGGUGAUCAAGAAUUUGCAAAAUCAAAUCAAGUUUACGAGGCAGCCACUGUUGAAUUAAAACGGCAAGGUUUUGGCAAUGUCGAACAUCACAAUGCAAUUUUGCGCGAGGAUCUCCAAAAAAUACAAUUGUCUUACAAUCCUGUUCCUGAUCCAAAAAGCCUUCAACGAUUUGUUUGGUUCAACAUUAUGUUUCACCUAAUUCGUCGAGGAAGAGAAAACCUUCGACUUGUCACGAAGCAGUUGUUCGCCAUAAAGACUGACGCGACAGGAAGAAAGUUUGUUUAUCAGGCGGCUGACGAAUUAGAUAAGAACCAUAGAGGCCAUGACAACGCAGACGAUUCCCCAGGUGAAGGACAUCUGAGAGCAGCAUUUGCUCGUAUUCCAGACGACUCUCAGAGGUAA